CUUUUCCGACUUAGACACCACUCCAUCCAGACACCACAACAAGGCCAUAGGACAAAGCGGAACAAGGAGAUUCUCAAAAUGGAGCCGGAAGCUCACGGCCAAGGUGCGGAGUUGAACGACCUCCUGAACGGUUCCCAAGAGGCUAGUCAAGAUAACCCAGCACAAGCUAAGCAGAGAUGUGAAGACGAACUCCCACGUCGUGAUGUAGAAGAGCUUUCAGAAGAUGGAUCUGGUGAGCGGCCUGUUCGCCAAAAACUCAAGGAGACAUCCAUAGCCGGACUUUCGCGACAGCCAUCUCCCGAGGACCAGCCGAUGCCUUCCCAAGAGCCUACGUCGACAGACGAUAACGACCGCGGCCGCCUUAGACGAAAGCGAUCGUAUGACGAAUCGAGAGAUGCAGAUCCUGCUGAUGCAGAAUCAAAAAAAGAGGACGAUGGCGGCCACAGGAGAAAGAGGUCAAGAGAUUCGAAGGAAGAAAACUCAAGCGACCAAGAGAAGGAAGCUGAGCCAAUAGAGAACCGCGAACGGACCCCAUCAGCAUUACGGGCGCCUGCGAACGAGGCGAAUAAGCUCCUGAGCCCAAAGAAGAAGCGAAGUAGGGAUCAGCUAGAUAAGGACGACUUGAAACUGGAGAAGAACGAAGCCGAAAAAACGGGGCAGGCAAAAAAUCCGGCUGAUGGAGAAAAGCCGGGGUUGUCUGCCACUAAUCGCACAGAAGAGGGCGAGCCAGAGAAGAAGAGACACCGUGAUGACUCGCGAGAACGAGAUGUCUCGAAAGACGAUUCAUCCAAGGCAUCCUUCCCAAAUCCAUUUGCCAAUACUUCUGCUACUUCCCCAUUCGCCAGCUUGGAUGCGUGUAAACUAGCCGGGUCAAGAUCAAAAGACGAAGCUCCAAAAACACAACCAGUGACGUCCGCAUCUGCAUUUGCUUCGUCAGGAUUAGCUGCUUUCGCAAGCUCAGAAAAGUCCCCUUUCGGCACCAUUGGAAGCAACGCGUCCGUCUUCAAGUCCAUGAAACAAGCCGAGACUAGUAUCCAAGGAAAAGAGAACGUUGCAUCUGCCACUACUGCUACCCCGUCGCCACUUGCCGCUACCGGGGCAUCCCCAUUCGCGUUAUUCUCGGGAGGAUUUGCUUCGAGUGCUUUUGCCAGUUUUACUUCUUCAGCGCCUCAAUCUUCGGGACGGUUGACUAGUUUUGCUUCUCCUGCCAGCACGACUAUUCUUGGUGGUGGCCCCAAGACUAAGCCGUUUGGUGCUGCAUCGGAUGGCGAGGAGGAAGAGGAUGAUCAAGGAGAGGACGAGAGCCGCCCCGCGUUUGAGGGACUAGAGGAGGUCAAAAGGGACGACAGGUUCUUCAAACAAGAAACGGAAACCGGAGAGGAAAAUGAAAAGACAUGGUACUCCUGCCGGGGGAAACUGUUCCAGUUCGAUGGCAAGGAGUGGAAGGAGCGUGGUAUUGGCACCUUCAAGAUUAAUGUUGUUGAAACCGAAGAAAGCUCCGCGUCCAAGAGAGUUGUGCGCUCUGCACGCAUGAUCAUGCGCACCGAUGCCGUGUUACGAGUUGUCCUUAAUUCUCCGCUCUUCAAGGGAAUGAAAGUUGGAGACGCGACCGGCAACGAACCGACGGGCAAACAGAUCCACCUUGUUGGAAUGGAAAAUGGCAAAUCUACUCCGUAUUUGUUAAGGACUGCAAGCCUUGCCGCGGCCAAAGAUGCAUAUCAUAAUAUACAAGAUAUCCUGUUGAAAUUUUGAUCUUCGAUGGUGGAAUGUGGCCCUUAAACGAUCAUAGGGGUACAGUGCGAAUAUCCACUGCCAUGUCUCAUGAAAAAAUGUUUUGUCUGGAUAUCAAUACCUACUUGUCAU